ACCACAGACAGAUGUUUUGCUAUGAACGACAUUGGUGGGAGAAGCGCAGACGCAACACGCCAGCGCGCACGUCACUUUAGGUCAGCUGUUUUGCGAUACGCUGAGGUAUUUCACUGUCAGCUGUUCGAGUUGUAUAUUUUGAUUUUGACGUGUUUAACGCAAGAAAAUGUCAGAGACGCAACCAGCCACGUCUAGCAGUGAAUUGCCACCCGAACCUUCGGUAACAGUGGAAAUUUUGGACGAAUUUUCAGAACCCGAUGCAAAAAAACGUAAAAUUUCAUCGGCACAAAGUAAUUCCCAACUAAAAACAGAUAAAUUAGAACAACGAUUGGGUGGUAUUUUCUGCUGCGCAGUUUGUUUAGAUUUACCAAAAGCAGCUGUUUAUCAGUGUAGCAAUGGGCACCUCAUGUGUGCUGGAUGCUUCACUCAUGUACUGGCAGAUGCUCGUCUCCGAGAUGAAAUGGCAACAUGUCCGAAUUGCCGUGUGGAGAUCAGUAAGGCAUCGGCAACUCGUAAUCUUGCCGUGGAACAUGCAGUUUCUGAGUUACCUUCCGAAUGUCAGUUUUGUAACAAGGAGUAUCCAAGAAAUACCUUGGAGAGACACGAAGAGAGCUUAUGUGAAGAAAGGAUAUCUAGCUGUAAAUUUAGCAGAAUUGGGUGUCCAUGGAGAGGACCAGUACACGAAAGUGUACAGCACGAAUCCGAAUGUGCACAUCCAAAUCGCAGCGGGUUAGAAGUGAUGGACGCACUUCAAGUUAUCGAUCAAAAAAGCGCCAUUGAGCGCAAACUGUUUGAUUCAAUCUUUGAGCUGUUGGGAUACGAAAAAAUCACUUUUAACGAUCUGCAGUUAAAACCUUACAGAACCGAAGAAUUUGUUCAUCGGCUCUUUUAUGAAACCUCGCGUUUCUCGGCCUUUAAUAACCAGUGGGUAUUGAAGGCUCGUAUCAACAACAUGCAAAAGGAUCCCACACAAAGUUCGGAACGCGAAAUGACGUAUCAAUUAAUUUUAAAGACUAAGACUACUGUUCCGCUAAGCAUGCAUUUCUUAAUACUUCGUGGACCAUUCGGUGAUAUGAAGGUACAACCACAAAUACAUCGGUUCGAUUUUUCUGAGCAAGAGAAUGAGAGCCCUUACGUUCCCCUUGCACUGUCUGAUAGUGCAGAAUGCAAUAGACUUCUCGCUUCCAAAACUAUAAAUUUUAGAUUAGUGCUCUUUCUAGCAUCCAAAUAACUGUUGAUGACAAGCCAUUGGAUCAUAUGAGAUCGUUUUAUUUUUAUAAUCAUUUUGCCAUAAUAAGCAGCUCAUCGAAGGAAAUUGCGUAAUAACAUUUUUAUUCAUUUCUUUUACCAUUUCUAUACAUACAUAUUUAUUGUUAUCCGUCUGUAACCUAAAGUUCAGUUUGUCUUCAUAACUAUCUGUUACAAAUGUUUUUAUUUAUUUCAAUUAUUUCAUUCAGAAAGAGCAAUUUCAUUUUUAUUUAUAUAUAACUUUGUUGUAAUGUUAUUUUUUUACAUUUUUACAUGUGUAAUUUCAAUAAACUUAUGUAAGGGUGCAAUUUUUAUAAAGAAAGAGUUAUUUAAGAAAAAAGAUUGUAUGAUGAGAUAUAUUUAUUAAUUUAUUUAAAACGCAUAGAAAGUGAUUAUUAUGUUAUAAUAGUUAGAAUAUCAAUUAGUUUAUAUUUUUUGUCGCACUAGGUUUAAUUGUUUUAAUGAGAAAA